AUGCAGGCGCCCCUGCGCCUGCGCACCGGCGUGCUGCUGUACGGCCCCCCCGGCUGCGGCAAGACGCACAUCGUGGCGGCCGCGGUGGCGGCGGCAGGCGUGCGCUGCAUCACAGUCAGCGGCCCCGAGCUGCUGAACAAGUACAUCGGCGCCAGCGAGGCGGCUGUGAGGGACGUGUUCCAGCGCGCCGCCGCCGCCGCCCCCUGCCUGCUCCUCUUCGACGAAUUCGACGCCAUCGCGCCCCAGCGCGGCCACGACAACACGGGCGUGACGGACCGAGUGGUGAACCAGCUGCUGACAGAACUGGAUGGCGUGGAGGGGCUGAGGGGCGUGUGCGUGGUGGGCGCCACCUCCCGCCCCGACCUGCUGGACGCUGCUCUGCUGCGCCCCGGCCGCCUCGACCGACUCGUCUUCUGCGGCUUCCCCUCGCCGCUGGAGCGGGGCGCCGUGCUGCGCGCGCUGAGCAGG